AUGAACGAGGAGGGAGAAGCGCAUGGUUGGGGAGCAAUCCGAUGGGAUGACGGUGAUGAUUACGAUGGAGUCUUCAAACAUGGGGAAUUGAAUGGUCGAGGAACGUACACCCGCCAGAGCAAGAGUCAGUUCUUGAUCGAGUUUGAAGAAGGAAAACCUGUUGGGAAAGGAGAGAUGUACGAAAAUUUUAACAGCAAGAAAGAAAUGAUUGUCUACGAUGUGGAGUUUGAUGGUUCGGGCAUGCUGGAAGACUGCGCGCCUACAGUGAAGCAGCGUAAGCGUCUUCCGGACUACAAAGAAGCCAUGAUCCCGGUUUGUGGGAUGUUGUCGGGCCCCUCUGGCGGACCGUCCAGUUAUGAUCACAUACAUCCUGUGAGCGGCGAACUCAUCUGGGCAAGACCAUCGCGCGCAGAUUACGUGCUCUUCAAUGCCGAGGAUUGUCGAGGCAAGAUUGUGCUAGUGAGACGUGGAGGAACUGACUUCACGAGGAAGCUUUCAGCGGUGCAGGCUGCAGGUGGAGCGAUAUGCAUGGUGGUGGUGGGAUUCAAUCCGGAUGAGAAGAAGUAUCAGCGACCGAUCUGUUGUGUGCAUACGGGAGCGGUGGGUGGCGACGACUUGCCUCCAGAGUUGAGAUCGUUGGAGUGCAAUAUUCCUGUCAUCUACAUCUUGAAGUGUCUUGAGUGUGAACCGCUCAAUACGCAUUUCAAGAGCCGGAGGGACUGCAAGAUUGGCAUACUGGGAGGAGACUUUGCGCUGUAUGAGUUCCGAAUGUCUUUCGGAGAUGUUACCUGGAUGAUCUCGAAGAGGUAUUCUGAGUUCGACGCGCUGGACAAUGUCCUCAACACCAAGUAUGGCCUGCCUCCUGUAGGUCUCCCACCAAAGCAGUGGUUCGGCUUGAGGGACCCCAACGUGAUCCAGUCUCGUCACGAUGGGUUCAACCUGUACCUCAACGACUGCAUCAAACGGCCUGUGCUCGUCCUCUCCCCGGAGUUGCAAUCAUUCUGUGAGAUGCCAGAAGAAGUUAUUAACAGUUUCAAGAAGAAUUAG